CAGGACUUUAUAGCCGCAUAAAAGAGAGACACCAUGUUAUCAGUGCUUCUGACUGUGGUUUUAAUCAUGACAGCAACAGGCUUGCAGGCCAGCCAGGCAAGAAACAGCCUGUGGGAUUACUUCAGUCAGCUGACGGACAAUGUUAAAAACACAGGGGGCCAGGCUUAUACAACACAGAUAAGCAAACAAAUCAAAGGUCUUUUUAAGGACAGCUUUCAACCUGGAAAUUUCUACUCCAAAGGCCUACUCCAAAAGUUAAGCUUGUUCACAGAGCAGGCACACAUCCAUGUCUCCCAGAAUGCUGAGGAACUUCGGACACAAAUUAGGCAACAACUACAGGAAAUACGAACAAAGUUGUCACCUUAUACUGAGGAAGUUCACCAGAAAAUCAGCAAAAACAUUGAAGAACUUCGCCUUAAGCUUAUGCCAUAUGCACAGCAAAUCCAUGACCAUAUGACCUGGAACACACAGGAACUUCAACAACAGUUAAAUCCCUCUGUACAAGAAUUUCAAGAUCAACUGGUAGAAAAUGCUCAUGAUUUUCAAAAAACCUUGACCCAAUAUGCAGAUACACUUGCGAAGAAGAUAAGUCAUAACAUUGAAGUAGUUAAAAGAAGUUUCAAACCUUUUGCUGGCAAGCUAAUAGAACAGAUUUUCCAGGGUAUUGAAGAACUUAAGAGAAACCUAGAAUCCUACCAUUCAGAUGACCAACCAGAUGUGCUCAGUCAACAUAUCAAUGAGCUGUCCCAACAGCUGGUGAAGGAUGCCCAAGAACUUCAUGAGAAGAUCAAUCUCAGCCUUGAUGACCUUAGGAAUGAGCUGCUUCAUCACCCAAACCAGCUCAAGGAACAAGUCAAGCAGACUUCUGUGAACCAUCAGCAGGACAUCAACCCCUAUGUGGAAGGUCUCAGUGAUGAGGUCAUUAUAAAAAUUGAAGACUUCAGUAUCAAAGUUUCUAGACAUGUGGAGGACCUCAAAAGAAAAAUAGCCCAAAACACUGAAGAGAUGAAGCACAAGCUAGUGCCCCACUCUGAAGGCCAACAGGAAAUGAUGACUUCUCUGGAGGAAAUGCACAGUAAACUCAGCUCUUUGUUGACUGAAAUUCGACAAAUACUACAUCAUUAAACCUGACAUUGAGGAGUAUAGUACUACAAACAAUGCAUCCUUAAAAACCCACCCAUGAUCACAGGUGGGACACAAACAAGCUCUGUUGUUGCUAAAUCAAUGAUGUUCACACUCCAUGGCCUUCUCUUACUUCACUGGGACAUGGCAGAAGAUUAUUGCUCAUAAUAGAAGGGCCAAGCAUGGACGGAAGAGACUACAAUGUUUCCUGAAGUCAAUAUUCUGAGGUUUGCAGAGCUGUAUGUACAUAUGAACUAUAUCUGUGAAUAGAGGCUAUAUUGUAGUACACACUAAAAUAGUGGAAGGAAUCUGAAGAGCUACCAUGCAGUAUUAUAUUUCAUUAUGUAAAUUAUUGCCACCAAAAACUUUUUAAAUUGGACUGUGUGGUGCCAACAUUAUGUCUCUUUAGCUAGGGCACAAGUGAAUGUUACAUGUAAGUGAAUGUAUUUAUUCAUAUCCACUUUUGUUUUUAACUGUACAGACUUUUUUGUUCAAUACAGAUCAAUUAAAUUUAGAUAACCUGC